CACAAAUCAGACUUAAGGUAGAGACUCGGACUUUUCUUUGUGGGCACUCGUGAGUGAAGAAAUUGGCGACCCAAACGAGCCUCAAGUGCGUUGUUCUGCACCGGGGCCACGAUCCUGGUCAUUAUUUCAAGAUAUUAUCAUCACAUUGAACAGGAAACUGCAUUAUCGAAUAGAAAUUGUCUUGUAUUCGUUUAUCUAGAGGUUGAAGAGAAUCAUCCAUAAUCAAAUUUCUAUCAUCUUCAUAUAUUCAGAUAUGGGGAUGCUUAAUCUGAUAAUUUCUUAUGAUGGAAAAUGGGAUUUGAACAACCGUUACAUUGAUGAUUCAUACUUGGAGGUGCUUGUGGAAGAUACAACUUUCUAUCUUGAUGUCAUGGAAAUUGUGUAUAAGAAAUUGCAGUUGAAUGCAAGUCAUGAGAUCAAAUUGAUGGUCUCUUUUGAUAUUGAAACUUCAACAUAUAGUAUUUUAGAGGUGAAGAAUGACAAUGAUUUGAUAUGGUAUUUUAAUUUGCUGAGAAACUCUAAUCUCUUUAACUUCUCGUUGAUUGUCUCUAUUUUCAAUGGACCUUUUUCCAUGCAAGAAGUGUUUGAACCUUGCCAUGAAGGAGAGAGUUCCUUAACUUCAUGUUCUUCUACAUUUUCCAAUAACAAGAAUUGUAGCGGACCUGCUGAACUUUUACAAAUGGACGAUAUUAAGGAGGGAGAUGCAUUCUUUAGCAAAUUGGAAGUCCAAAAAGUUCUGCAACUGUUAGCUAUGAAGAGGAAUUUUGAAUACAAAACUCUGAAAUCAAAUGGUCAAAGGCUUGUUGUUGCUUGUAGUGUUGAUGGUUGUAAGUGGUACGUACGGGCCUCAACAAUUUCUUCUACUCAAGUUUGGGUCAUUAGACAGCAUGUAAAAGACCAUACUUGUGCUGUUGACGUCGUGCGUAGUGACCAUAAGCAAGCAACAAGCCUUAUCAUUAGUGAAUGUGUGAAGCAAAAAGUUAUUAAUGGAGAAUGUAAUGACCCAAAAUCAAUAAUUAAGCACAUGUGUAAGGAAUUUGGAGUUGGUGUUAGUUAUUACAAGUCAUGGAGAGCAAAGGAACUUGUUUUGGAAGCAAUUCAAGGUUGUCCGGAGGACUCUUAUGCCCAAUUACCUUCCUUGUGCUAUGCUUUGAGUCACACAAGUCCUGGUACUGUUACUGAUAUUGAUGAUGGUGGUAAUGGUCGUUUUAAAUAUUUCUUUGUAUCAUUUGCUGCUUCUAUUGAGGGAUGGAGCCAUUGUCGACCAAUUAUAUCCAUUGACGGAACUUUUUUAAGGAACAAAUAUGUGGGGACUCUUCUAAUUGCAUGUACUAUGGAUGGAAAUAAUUCAAUCUUUCCAUUAGCAUUUACAGUUGUUGACUCAGAGACUGAUGCUUCUUGGGAAUGGUUUCUAUAUAAGUUGAAGAGUGCAUUAUGCUAUUGUCAAGACCUAGUCUUUGUUUCAGAUAGAAAAAGUAGUAUCCCAAAGGCUGUGUGUAAUGUAUUUUCUAAUGCUACCCAUUGUAUUUGUGUAUAACAUUUGUUGGGUAAUAUAAGAACAAAGUUCAAACA